CCAUUUUGUUCGUUAGGGCCUCAUUAUUACAUCAUUUGCUUAGUAUUCCAUAAAGAACGACGACUACAAAUGCAAUAGCGUGGCGGUGCCGGUAGCUUUACUUUGGAAAGCAAUGGCUGAGAAAUGGAACCACACAGCUCUUCUUGUCAUUGAUAUGCAGACUGAUUUCAUACACGAAGAUGGUCAUGUGCGAGUAAAUGGAGGCAAAGCCAUAGUCCCCAAUGUCAUUGCGGCAGUUCAAGUGGCUCGGCAGCGCGGAAUUCUCGUAAUUUGGGUUGUUCGUGAGCAUGACCCAAAAGGUAGAGAUGUUGAACUAUUUCGCCGCCAUCUCUAUCAUGAUGGUAAAUUGGGUCCAACUGUUAAGGGCAGUUUGGGUGCAGAAUUGGUUGAAGGGCUGGUCAUUAAAGAAGGGGACUAUAAGUUGGUGAAGACCCGUUUCAGUGCUUUCUUCAAUACCCAUCUUCACUCAGUUCUUCAGGGUGCAGGGAUUGAUAGUUUAGUUAUUACUGGUGUUCAGACUCCCAACUGCAUAAGACAGACAGUUUUUGAUGCUGUGGCGCUGGAUUACCCUUCUGUUAAAGUUAUUGUCGAUGCUACGGCUGCUGCUACACCUGAGGUACACGCAGGUAUGAGCUUUCUGACGUUGGAGAUUAGUCAUUCAUUGCGCUUUGUUAUGCUCUUUGAUUGUAGUAAAGUGAACAUGGUGGUGGUCUUCAUAUCAUCUGAUAUAUUGAUUUUUAUGUUCUUGAGGUUGCUUUGAGUAGAAUAUGUUGAAGGUGUCUUGCAAUUUUAUAUAGUGAAACUAGUAAACUACAAAUGGAAAUAGCCCUUCUUACUACUUUCUCUGUUUUCUGAAAAGGGUUUGUAAUGAAAACUAGGAAAGCAAAUUGUUAUGUUUCUAAUAUUGGUUUACUUGGAAACUAGUUUUGGGAAUCUCUUACAUCUGAUUAUAACUAUUUCCUAGGAUUAGUUUCUAUGCCUAAAAGAAAAAGAAAACCAGACAAGAAAAUAUAGUAGAACAAAAUUGCAGAAAAUCAACUUCAUUUGCCUUGCCAUUAUAGACUUGGAUGUGUCCAUUUUCAGGGUAACACAGAAACAAAGUUUACCAGUGUUACAAGUUACACACCCAUCACCCAUGCCUGCAUUAAGUUUUGAAGUUCAAAUCUCUUAAGACUCAUAAUUAACAUGGCUUGCUAAUUUCGUCCUAAUUUAUUGUUUGAAAUAAAGUUAUAGGAAUGCCCAUUAGGGGUAACUCAAUUGUGAAAUAUGCUGUACUUUUCUCACAGAUACUAAUACUCCAUGAUUGAUAUGGAAAUCUCUCUUUUUUUUUUCCCUGAACCAGCUAACAUAUUUGAUAUGAAGAAUGUUGGAGUUGCUACACCAACCUUGAAAGAAUGGUCUGAGCAUGAUGCUUGAUGGUCUAUGGAUCAACUUGGGAUUCAGCUCACUCGGCCUCGGUGACAAAUAAAUGGUUAUACCUAUAUAUCAUCUUCUCUAUAUAUAUGUAUGUAUGUUCCUGUAAAGAAGUGUGUGCUAGUUUUGUGUUAUCUCUCUACUUAUGUUGUAAUGUUCAUUUACAGAUAAGCUUGUAAUGUAAAGAAAAAAAAAGUGUAUGCACAAAUUGUCUUUUGAAUUCAAAUUUCUUUAAAUACAAUUUUGACAUCAUUUAGCA